GGCUCCCCCCACUUUAGCACUCGUCUACGCUACCCAAUCUGAGCUCAAAAGUCAGAGAGAGAAAAAGAGAUCGCACAGACCUUAGAAGACACCAUCAAUGGCCACCAAAGUGUAUAUUGUGUACUAUUCCAUGUACGGACAUGUAGAGAAGCUAGCAGAAGAGAUAAAGAAAGGGGCUUCAUCUGUUGAAGGUGUGGAAGUCAAACUAUGGCAGGUACCUGAGACGCUAAAUGAGGAGGUGCUUGGGAAGAUGAGUGCACCACCAAAGAGUGAUGUACCAAUCAUUACACCCAACGAACUUGCUGAGGCUGAUGGGUUUGUUUUUGGAUUCCCAACAAGAUUUGGAAUGAUGGCUGCUCAAUUCAAAGCAUUUCUGGAUGCAACUGGAGGUUUAUGGAGAACACAACAGCUUGCUGGCAAGCCUGCCGGGAUAUUUUACAGCACCGGAUCUCAAGGUGGUGGACAAGAGACUACCGCGUUAACUGCAAUUACUCAGCUGGUUCACCAUGGAAUGAUAUUCGUGCCCAUUGGAUAUACAUUUGGAGCUGGCAUGUUUGAAAUGGAGCAUGUGAAAGGUGGAAGUCCUUAUGGUGCUGGAACUUUUGCUGGGGAUGGCUCCAGGCAGCCAACUGAGCUUGAGUUGGGGCAAGCAUACCACCAAGGGCAGUACAUUGCCACCAUCACAAAGAAACUCAAGGGCGCUGCUUAAGUUUCCAAAUUAAUACACCGUGAAGAUACCAUUUGAAAGCCUUUUCCAUUUUUUACUUCUAGAAUUUCAUAUUCCGAUUUCUGUGUACUUGCAAGUAAUAAUGCCUGUGUUGUUUGAUGUAUGCAUCGUGUGUUACACGGUACUGUGUUAUUAUUAAUGAUAUAAAAGUUUGAUUGUUUGUCCA